CGUUGUACGGGCGUAUGCUCGCGUCUCGCCGCACACGGCUCGGGAAGUCAUCUGAAGAAUUGCUUUUAGUGCAUUAAUUCGUUCACUAUACCGCGCGGUGCUGUACGAAACGCGCGCGCUACCAAUGGAAGCUUGCACGAGAGGACCUUGAUUUGUGGCCUAUUCUGGCUCGACCAGCGGCUUCGCAUCGCGCUCGCCCACCUGGCGUCCGUAGCCGUAUCCAUUUCGCACCGAGUGUUAUGUGAUGCCCCUGUGUGAGCGCGCGUUGUGUUUGUGUAGUCUACUGCCGGGGUCUCAUCCAUGCAACCCAACAUGACGAGGAAUGCACUGCACCAGGACUGGCCACUCCUGCGUAAUCCAGUGAUCAACGCCGACUCCGCCGACCAGCGAUCUUCGCAAUUCCCCCCCGAGAAGCAGGGGUUCGCCCACCGCUGCGCCGCAUGGCUGGUGCCGGCACGCCUACGCCAGAAACUGGGCUUCGGCGGCGACGCCACCAGGGAGGCUGAAGACGCCGACGACGCGGGCGGCGGCGCCGAGCCGAUGGUCUCGGAGGAUGCCAAUCUGCGACGCGAGGUCGAGUCUCUGGACGAGCUGGCGCUCAAGCUCGAGGACCUGGCGGCCACCCUGCGCGAGGCGCUGCUUCGUGCCAGCGCCCAGAGCCCGUCGCUCGUGGAGCAGACAACCCGAGGUGCCCACUACUUCGUCCGCUUCCAGCUGCCCAUCGUCGCAUUCGUGCAGAUUCUAUGGGUCGGUACGCUCGCCACGUUCGACUGCCUGGUGACUGACAACACCUCUCAGGGCUACCGUUACCUGGUGCACGCCAUCAUGAUCAUCCUUCAGGCCGUCAACGUUCUGCACGUCGGUCUUGCUUCGUGGACUCUGACGCACCAGCUGAUCAAGUUCCGGGCGGUCAGCGGAUUCCUCAUGGCGCAGACCUACCUGUCCACGGUGCUGCUCUUCUCGGGCUUCUACCUCGUCAUCUACAGGCUCAACCCCUCUGGCUGGGAGGUCUCCCUCACCGAUCCGAUGAACAGCGGUGGAGCCUUCACGCAGUACGUGCGCAUGCUGUACCUGUCAGUCUCGUCGGCCACGCUGUGCGGAGCGGCCAACAUCCAGCCAGUGGCGUGGUACGCGACGCUGUCUGUCUGCGUCCAGAGCCUGGUGAACUUCGUGUACUUCGCGUCCAUCCUGGCCCAGACGAUCGGCUGCAGCUCGUCGGCCGAGACCGUGUUCCAGCGCCGCGAGCGCAUACAAACCAUCUCGCGGCGCCUGAGCGCUCGCUCGUCGGGCUUCACCGCUGGACGGCACGGCGCUGCCAGCACGCCCACUCGCAGGCGCCACUCAACCCAGCUGCCUGCGGUGGGCUUCGCCUCGCUGCCAACGUAGCCAACGACGCGCGCGCUUUGAGGAGAAGCGCACUUUACUCAAGCAGCGCCGUGGAGGAGCAGUUGUCUGCGUGCACGGUGCAGGCGUAGGUGCCAUGAGCGCAGCGUUUCUUUUUUUUUCUUUUUUUCCUUUCUUGUUGUUUCAAGUCUAAUCGGACAUCUGCGUUUACGCUCAGGGUAAAACACAGGGUAAGGUCGAAGCGACAGAGAAAUAUUGUCUGCUCUCAGUUCCAUUCAUACACUCUAUACGCUUCGUACAUUCAAAACAGGACAAUAUAUUAUAAAAGGUGCGUAUUUUCGUAUUUUUGUAGGUGAGCGGUAUGAUGAUGUUAUCGAAAUUUGCAACAAUAUGCUGCACUUUAAUUCAGCGCUAGGGGUCAUUUUAUACAUGUUGUAACAUGGCACCUGGCACCGCAAAUGCAUAAAUUUGGCUCGAUUCUGUGAUACUAGCUGCGACUGAUGUAAAGUUUACGCUUCGCAUUGCACUUUUUUCGCAACAUAUACGACCCUAAAUAUUUAAAGCUAGGAUUGCCAACUACUUGUAAGAAGGUAAAAAAUGUGCACCUUCAUUUUGUGAAAGCUGCAUGAAAUAAAGUGGAAAUAGUGUCA